CCACGACGCUCCCCGAAGACUCUCGCCCCUCUCGGCGCACUGUUCCCCUACGCGGUGAUGCGGGCGCGACCACAGUAAUAUCCUAAUUGACCAUGUUCCACCGGAAGAGGGCCACGUCGAACCCGGCUUCAAGAGCUCCCCCGAGCGUAUCCGCUUCCCUCGCCGCGAGCAAGGCUUUCAUCAAGGACCGCGAUUCAAAUGCGUCACUCUCAUCUGCAGCGGCGGCGGCGGCGCUGCGAACCCAUAUCACGAGUCCGACCCCAGUGGGCGAGACAAUCACGAAGCGCAUGGCACGGAGACAGUCCACAUCCUCGGCGGGAAGCGGAAGCCAACAAUCACCAGGCUUGCGCAGACACUCCAGCUCUGGCUCUAUGACUGAACGGUCCUUCCGUGCCCCAUCUCCCAACAGGAGCAGUCCUGCAGUCGACGCAGACCGCAACGCUCCUCCAGUGCCCACUGUGCCAAAGGAUGUACCGGGAGUGGGAGUCGUGCACCGCCGCGCUUCAAGUCUAGAACCGCCCUUUCGUGGGGGCUCACCAAUCACCAGAGGCAGAGGGAGGGGUGUAAGUCUGGACAGGGGAACAAGCCCUCCAACAGGACGAGGGCAAGGCCAUGCUGCAACAGCAAUGAGGCUUUCGCAAGUUCCCGAGAUCGACACGGAUAACAGACCCCCAUCCAUCAACUUUUCCCGGCCUAUAUCUCCCCAAGCCAUCUCUCCUCCCCGGCCUGUCGCUUCGGCAAAGGGCGGCAGUGGCUGGUUUGCUGCUCCUGUUGUAAACGCAGAGCAAAGCUUCAGAGGGUCUAAACCACGAAUGACGACCUCGGAUAGUAUUGCUCCACACAACCUGCACCACAUUCAGCAAUCGGUUCUGAAUGCGACGACCAAACCCGUGUCAAACAACAAGACUAAAAUAUCACAGGCUGUCGAAGGAUCCCGUCUGGCGAGUGGAGGCCUGCGAGGAAAACCUAGCGGAUCAGCUGUAUCUUCAGCACACUCGCGGCAAGCGUCGCGGACAUCAAGUGGGCAGCCGGAACCAAUCGACCCCAAGUCCCCAUUAGCCGUGUACGAUCCGUCAACACGAACGUUUAUCCCCAAGCAGCAAGCUAUGGCGAGGUUCCGUGAACUGCAUCAAGAUGAAGACGAUCCGCAAUAUCCUGACCAGCAUGUAACCCCUGAGAGACCAAGCAGCCCUCCACAGAGGCGAGUCUCUCGGCGUCAGCAUAGUCCUGUUCGGCUAGUGAUACAGCGACCGCCUAGCCCGCCCCCACAAUCUCAACAACGCGAUGAGAGCCCCGUUCUAGUAGAAGAAACUCGACCCCCUAGCCCUCCACACUCCGCCGUUGUAGAAAGUGAAGAACGGCUGCCCCCUCCGCUGUCUGAUUUUGAAAGUCGGGCGAGUGCCUUGCUAGCAAGGCAAUGUUCUGAAGACUAUGCAGAAGAAGACAUCAGACCAAUGCAAGAUGCAAACACGAGUCGCAAACUGGAAUCUAUUCCCGCUCCAGCUUCAGAGGAGACACCGGAAAGUCCUACCUCGCCAAGAAGGGCACCGAAUCAGGAGAGCCCCUAUCCCCGGAUCGAGAAAUCUUCGAUUUCACCAUCAACAAAUUCCGUUGCAGGCAGCGGUCGGGACAAUAUUCAUAUUGAUAGGACACAUUCUUUGAGCCCUCCUCGUAACGCCCACUUUGCGGCUGUAGCUGUGGAGUUUCCGAAUGGCUUCAAACACCAACCUCCUCCGCGAUCUGUAUCGCCAGCUAAAUCCGCUCUCAAAUCCUCUCCGUCUGUGUCUAGGAGGAAUAGUUCGCCAGUUGCCAAUAACGGCCUAAGCUCCAGAAGGGGAGCGCCAAGCGAGGCGUCUGAUACCAUGUCUGAUGAUGGCUUGAAGAAGAAGAAGAAGAAGAAUAUCCGUGUGAGCUUCGAUGAAGACCCGGUCAUUGCUGGUAGGUCGGCAUAUCCAGAGGUUGAAACUCCGUCCUCGCCUACCGGCCUCAGCAGCUCAAGAUGGAGUCCUGCGAAUCAAGAGCAAGACCUCGACGAUGUGAUGAAGCCUCGUCCGGCUCUUCCUUCAUUCGGAAGCAUUCGUGACAAGAACCGUCGGAUUGAUGAUGGGGAAGCCCCGGAAAAGGUCACCGAAACUGUCUCCUCGUCUUUGUCGACAUCUGUCGGCUCGAUAGGGGAGCCGCUUGAAGCAUCGAGCGAUCAUGCCCUUGCUGGAAUCGUUACGCAAGAUUUCGCGGCUAAGAAGGCUCCUCAGCCUUCAGACGUCCAGACGACUCACGUUAGCAAUGAACCCCUCCCCCCAGAGGUUACGUCUGUUGAAGGCAGCGGGUACUAUUCUGAUUCGGAUCAGAGUGACGCCGUGCUAGAGAGAAACUUCAUUUCUGAUGCUCCUACAAGUGAGCCAGGAAUGGAAUCUGAGGCGCCAAUUCCUGAACACGAGCCUAAAACACUCACUACGCCGGUUGAAAGUAACCACUCACCCCCGGAAGUGCCCGUUAUUGCGAUUCAGCCGGCGAGUCCAAGCCUUGUGGAGAAGUCCGAACCCAAAUUUGCUCGUCCACUCGUGCCUGGCGGCUGGAAUGAAGAGGAGGAAUCCGAGCAAAAGGAAACGGAAAGAACACUUCCCCCACAACGAAACGAAGCCGGUGUAGCUCAUAUCAAUCAGGAAACAGAAUACCUACCGAAUGCUCCAAGCCAGGAAGAGGAGUCUUCGGACGAUAACAGCAGUAUCUAUAGUGAUGCCUACGAGGACCUUUCGGAAAACGAGGACCUAUCGGAAAACGAGCAUAGGGGAUUCGCUUCUAUUGACGCAGUCGUUGAAAGCCCGAUUGCCGACCCUCCCUCGGGUCUCAUGUUCUCCAAACAUGCAGACCCAGCCCUUGUCGACACACCGCCCAAAUCUGCGCUUAGGAAUGAGUAUCAUGAUAGGUUGUCAGCGGAACAGGACGUGUCUCCAUCUAAUACCUGGGAUGUAGCUCGUGAGAAUUGGAGUAGUAUAUGUGACUCUGAGAAACAGCAAAAACAGCAAGAGCCACCCACCGAAGCCUUAGAACGUGCCGAGGAUAUUCCAACUCCUAUUCGCAAUCCACAAAAACCAAUGCCGAUGCCGAUGCAAAAUCAGACCAAACCCGACCGGAAAACACAAGUUGAGCCAGCUUCGAAGACACCGCAGCCAGUCCGAGUCUCCCAGCCUCAAAAACCUUCGACUCAAACUCGCAAGUCGGCGCUAAAAAAAACUCCACCGCCUGAGCGACCAACGGCGCUAGAGACGCAUAUGAAAAAAACUAUGAGAGCUACCGCGAAUGCACCAUCUUCAUCGCAAGAGAGCACACACAUGCGAAGGAGUAUGCGCAAUAACGAGCCAGCCAUUACUCCCAGAGUUCCAGCAGGACUCGCAGCUUCACGUCACAGCAUGCCACCCAUGGAUACCAAGCCUCCGAAAGGAGCACUGCAGAAGAAACACAUACCUGCUGCCAACCCCCCCAAAUCCCGACCUCAGACCGCCUCUGGGCCGAAGACUACUAACCCAAUCGCGCCGGUCAUAUAUGACAGUGAUUCGGAUGCCUCAGUAAGCAGUUUCCGCCGGGAGCGACGACGUCCGAGGACUUCAGCUGGAGAAAGAGGUCGAUACAAGAUGCGCAGCUCUAUGAGGUCAGGUCCUCCGAUCGCGCCUCCGACCAUGAGAGCCACACCCACGAUGCGACCUACCUCUCCUCCGCAAGCAGCGUCUCCACCUCCAACACUUCGAACGUCUAUGCGUCAUUCAUCUCCCCCGUCUGAACCUGCCAUAGGUGGCGGUCUGAGGUCGUCAAGGUUUAACAUCAGAUCUCUAUCGCCUGCCGGUCGCUUUAGGGGCAUGCGAAAGUCUGUAGAUGACACACCACCUCUUCCAACGCAUACAGCAGCACCGAAGGCGAUUCAAGCAAAGAAAUCUACUUUUAGUAAAGCCUCGAAGGCACAGGCGCCAGUAGCGAAUGCUAAUUCCCGCUUCAAAAGCCGAUUCGCGGACUCCAGCGAUGAAGAUGGAGACGACAGACCUCGUCAAUUCCAAAGCCGGUUUGUUGACUCAGACGACGAAGAAGGCCUUGAGCUGCCACCAGGUCUUACUCCUGUACGAGGCAUUCCACGGAAACCGGGAGAAGAAGAUCGCGAGUCAACGGAUCUAGAAGAUGAGGAUAGCGAUGAGGAACCUUCUCCUGCCGCUGUAGCAAUAAAAGUCGUAGAGAACGAACUUCUAGCCACCAACGGGAAUCCUGCUAGGCAAGAUAUCCCAUUCUCUGCAGGAUCUCUCCGGAAGAGUAAACAUGCUCCGGAAUUACCAACCUUUGAAGUUGGCAAAAAGACCAAGUCCAAGCGAGGUUUCUUUGGCCUGGGAAGGAAGAAAAUUUCCACUUCUCAACCCACCGACACUGACCCAGAAAGCCUUAUGGACGAAUCUACAGACAUUCCCAUGCCGCCAGGGCACCGCAAUAGGCCGCUCACGCCAAUCGGCGAGGACAAAACCACCGAGACAGGCUCCACAAUCUCUCGCUCUCCUAAACUGCAACGCCGUUCCACACCGCAAUGGGGUCGCUCAACAUCCGAUUCUUGGCCUUUGCCCCAACCACCUCAGACUGGGGAAGAACCACGGCCUCAGAGCGCUGACGGUGUUCCAGCUAGACGAACGUCGCUGCGACCCACAUUGAGCAAGCGAUACCCGUCUGCUGUCUCCGAUGCCAAAACAGGCAUUGAUCCGAAGACGGGCAAGGAGGUGGCCCUAGCUCGCAGUGGGAAGAAGAAGAGGUUCCAAGGACUUAGGCGGGUCUUUGGGCUUCAUGAUUAAGCAGGUCUUCCUUUUAGCUGACAGUCAUUCUAGAGCGUCCAGAAGAUACAAAAUGAGCUCUUCGCUGUCUUCUUUCAAUUCGAGCCACUCAAAGGCUUCAAUCGACUCUUUUGUUCGCACGUCGGUCAUCCUUCUCGGGUGCUUUCGAC